CAGUUGUGUUUGGUGCAAUCUUUGCAGCAAACUGAUCUCACACAAGCAUCUGGACAACCUACUCUCAUUUGUUCAACAACCAAAACCAAGCGAAUGUCGACUCCGUCGAGCUCCUUCUGGCCGUGGGCCUCAUCGACCAACUGGCAAUGGACUGUGCAUAAGUUCGGCGGCACGAGCAUGGCCAAUGCGGCGUGCAUGCGUCAAGUUGCGGAGAUUCUUGACAAGUCCUUGUCGCCCAGCGAUCGUGCCAACAAGAUGCAUCAGGGCGCGGUCGUGUCGGCGAUGGCCGGAGUCACCGAUGGCCUGCUGGCUGUUAUUGCGGCAGCACAGGCGCCAACGUCCAAGACCGAUUAUCUGACUCUGUUUGCAGAGCUCGUUGCCAAACACGUCACAGCGGCAACGGAGCUGCUGGGAUGCUCGUCUGGCGCAAACCCUGCGCACACCCCGCACUGCUCCCCGCGUCCGUUCGUCGAGUCGUCAGGAAGUGCAUCCGCGUCGGCGUCCCUGUCUUCCUCGGCGUCCUUGUCGUCGUCCAGCGAUUUCCUGCCAUCAGGACUCUGCCAACAAAACGCCGCCUUGCUCUCCAACCUACUCGCCGUCAUCCACGGCGAUGCAGAGAACAUUCGCGAUCUGCUUCGCGCCGUGUUCUUGUCCAAGAGCUGCUCGGAUUUCUACCGCGAGCUCAUUGUCGGCCAGGGCGAGCUGUGGUCGACCCAAAUCCUCCACGCCUAUCUGCAGAGCACUGGCCGACGUGCAGGCUGGCUGGAUGCCCGCCAAGUCCUGGUGGUGGACAGCGACCCGGCAUCCACGGUGGCUCCGCCCGUGAACUGGAGCGUGUCGAGCCAAAAGUACCGCGAGUGGUUCCAGCACAAGGGCCGAGAAUACGACGUUGUCGUUGUGACGGGCUUUGUUGCCAGCACCGAAUCCGGCGCCCCGACAACCCUCAAGCGAAACGGCAGUGACUACUCGGGCAGCAUUUUUGGCAAUCUGAUGGAUGCACAGGCAAUCACCAUCUGGACGGAUGUGGAUGGCGUUUACAGUGCAGACCCUCGGCGUGUCCCCUCCUCCCGCCUUCUUGACGAGCUCACUUACACGGAGGCCAUCGAGUUUUCCUUCUACGGUGCCAAGAUCAUUCACCCGAAAACCAUGGCUCCAGCCGUCACCAAAAACAUUCCCAUCUACAUUCGCAACACGUUCAACGCAUCGUGCCCCGGCACCAAGAUUUAUUCAGGCGCAACGUCUCCCUCUGCAGUCGUCGGAGAUUCCUCAAAGGCCGUGCGUGGCCUGUGCUCGAUCGACAACAUUGCACUCAUCAACGUGAAGCUCCUGAAUGUUGGCGAAAACGAGUACAUGCCGCUUGGCAUCCGCAACCGCCUGCUCAACAGCCUCAAGAACAUUCAAGUCCCCUUGGUGAUGAUGGCGCAGGCCGCACCAGAGCAUACGGUCUCGUUCUGCGUCCCAGAAGACAGCGCUGAGCUUGCUCGAUCGACCAUCACCGCACACUUUUCAGAGAAUCGAGAUUUGCACACUCCGAGCUCGAUUGAGCUGUUCCGCGGAUUUGCCAUCCUGACUGCUGUCGGCGACCAAAUCAAUCAGACUCCCGGCAUUGCUGCAAAGUUCUUCUCCUCGCUUGCUCGCUACGACGUCAAUGUCCUGGGUAUCGCGCAGAACGGCGAGCGCAUCAUCUGCAUUCUGCUCCAAAAGAAGGACUGCACCACCGCCUUGCGCGUGCUCAGCGCCGAGUUUACGGUCCCGCAAAACUCAAUCUCGGUCGGUGUGAUUGGUCCAGGGCUGGUUGGCGGUGCCCUCUUGCGCCAGAUGCUUGAGCGCGCCACCGCCACCGCUGGUGCAAGCACCUCGCACGCAGAGCUGGUCGUUCGCGGCAUUGCUCGUUCGAAAUCCAUGCUGUUGAGUUCUCGCACCGACGCGGCCUCGGGCGUGAAUUUGCAGCAGGUGCUGGACGAGCUGUCAGCCAGCAAGCCGGCUGCCGUUGAAAAUGGCCAGGUCGUCGCGGGCCCGCAGCAACAGUGGCUGCCGCUUGACUUGAAGGCGUUCGUGUCGCACAUUGCCUCGCUGGAUGUUCACCACGCAGUGAUUGUUGACUGCACGUCGGAUGAUGCCGUGGCCGCCCUCUAUCCGGAAUGGCUUGCGCGGGGCAUUCACAUUGUCACGCCCAACAAGCGCGGGUUCUCGGGGGACGCCAAGCUCUACCGAAGCAUCUACCAAGCAGCAAACCAAAACGCGACCUUGAUUGGCAACGAAACCACGGUGGGUGCCGCGCUGCCCGUGCUGGCCACGCUUCGUACCAUGCUUGACACUGGCGAUGUCAUCCAGUCUGUCGAGGGCGUUCUCAGUGGAACGCUGUCGUUCAUUUUUGCAAAGUUCUCGAGCGGCGCCAGCGCUGCUGCGUCCACGUCAGCCCAGGCCUUCUCUUCGAUCGUCAAGGAGGCACAGGCGCUUGGUUACACGGAGCCGAAUCCCAAGGAUGACUUGACUGGAGCGGAUGUCGCUCGAAAGGUUUGCAUUUUGGCUCGGUUGUGUGGCUUGGACGUUUCGCUGGACUCCAUUCCAGUGGCUGGAAUCCUCACCAACGAGCUCCUCAAUACCAACUCUGCCAGUGAAUUCAUGUCGCUCCUGCCUUCCUUUGACGCUUACUUUGAGGAGCUGAACGCUGCGGCGAGUCGCGAGAACAAAGUGCUGCGCUUUGUCGGCGUUGUCGACGUUGCCAACAAGGCAGCCCGUGUCGAGUUGCGCAAGUACCCGACGAGCCAUCCAUUCGCCUCGCUUCGAGGAGGAGACAACAUUGUUGGCAUCACCAGCAAGCGAUAUCCUCACUCGAUUGUCAUCCAGGGCCCCGGUGCUGGUGCCGACGCCACAGCGAUGGGUGUCUUUGACGACUUGCUCAAGAUUGCUGCGACAAUUGGCAAACCUCGCUCGCGCUUGCGUUAAUUCCGUCCGUGUUGUUCUUGUGUGUGUCUGUCUGUGUGUGUGUGUCUGUGUGUCUCUCUGAACCUAGCCUGUGUCCCAUGUAAUGUCUGAAUUUGCAAAUGAAACUCAGUCCACAAUCGUGCAAA